UUCGUCCAAGUUCCCAUUAACAGUUCCCAUAGAACGCCUUGUGGAAAGGAACUCGUACAGGCAUGUGAGAUACGAACAAAGGAUAAGAAUGGCUAGUGAAAAACGACAAGUAUACUAUUACAGUGGAUGGGGCAGGUUAUUAGGAGAAUACACAAGCAUGAAAACUCCAGUUGACACAAAAUUUCUCCAGAAAGAUUUCAAGAAAAGCUCACGUUAUUCCAUCUUUGCAUUUUUGUUCUUCCUUGCUUGUUUGAUCAUUACCGUAGUUGCACUACACUCCUACCUAGCCCUGACCCAGCCUUCUCACGGAGGGGUAUUCAAAGGGCCUAUUUCAAAGUCUUGCAAAGAUUCUUGUACAAUUUCAAUCGUGGAAAGUAUUCCAGAGAAUUUAACUUACCCACACUCAGAGGUUAUUCACCCCAGUGUUUACAGUGGAUGGUUAAACCUCCUCAAAUCAGCUGAGCAUUCUUUGAAUAUAGCUUCAUCUUACUGGACCUUAAGAGGAAAAGACACACAAACUGACGACCCUUCUACAGCAUGGGGAGAACAUAUUUUCAAUGAACUUGUUGCAACAGCUAAAAGAGGAGUAAAGAUAAGAAUUGUUCAAUCAGCUGCUGAACCAGACAAAAACCAAGAUACAAAAGACUUGAUGCAAAUGGGUUUGGCUGAAGUACGUAGUCUGAAUCUCACGAGGCUUGUCGGCAGUGGUAUUCUACACACCAAAAUGUGGCUUGUAGAUGGCAAGCACUUCUAUCUAGGAAGUGCUAACCUUGAUUGGCGAUCUUUAACCCAGGUGAAGGAACUUGGCUUCAUGACAUACAACUGUUCCUGUUUGGGGAAUGAUAUCUCUAAGAUAUUUGAAGCUUACUGGAUGCUGUCCCUUCCAGAUUCAAAAAUACCCAAGCCUUGGCCCAAAGCUUAUAGUACAAAUAUAAAUUUAGAUACCCCUGCAAACAUCACCAUCAAUACCACAUACGCUACUGGUAUAUAUUUGGCUUCAUCUCCAGCCAAACUUUGCCCAUCUGGAAGAUCUGCGGACAUUGAUGCUAUUUUGAAUGUCAUUAACAGUGCAAAUGAGUAUAUAUACAUUGAAGUUAUGGAUUACUUUCCAACAACUCUCUAUGAGUACCAUAGAAUGUAUUGGCCAAUAAUUGAUGAUGCUCUCCGUAAAGCAGCCUUUGACCGUGGUGUCCAUGUAAGACUACUUGCUGGUCUAUGGAAACACACCAGACCAGACCUCAAGAACUUCUUGAAGUCUCUUUCAGCUAUCAAUGGCUCAAACAAAGCUGUUGUUGAAACACAAUUUUUCAAGGUACCAACGUACAGUGAGGCUCAGGCUCAUAUACCUUAUGCUCGUGUCAACCAUGACAAAUUUAUGGUGACGGAAACCACAGCAUAUGUAGGUACAUCUAACUGGGCAGCAGAUUACUUCCUUUAUACCGGAGGUAUUGGCUACGUCAUACAAGACCAGUCUAAAGGGGAUUCAAGUAUUCGUAAAAAACUCAAAGCUUUGUUUGAACGAGACUGGUACUCAGCUUAUGUUGUUCCUGCUUAAAUCAGCAAAAUUAAAUGAAAUCUACUCCAGGACAAGGCAACUAAGAGAGAAAGUGGGAAUAGCAAUCCAUGGACAAUCUCAGAAACAAAACAAAAAACACUUUGAUUUAGAAAGAAACACUAUCAAUGCUUUUUGGAAUAAACCAAUAUUAGCCCAUAA